AUGGCGCCAGUAUCACUCGCUCUGAAACUCGCAGUUGCUCUGCUCAUGAUCAUCUCCAUCAUUGAGCUGAGCUUUGUCAGCGCUACGGUUGGAUGGCUACACCGGACCGCCAGCAAAGGUUUCCACUUCAUCUAUGACGGGUCGACCUAUCCCCUGGCCGGCAUGCCGCAGAACUUCUUGACCGACCAAGGCCAUACCAGCAACGGCGCUGCCGGCACGGCCUUUGUCCUCAUCGGCCUCGGAGGCAUCAUUUCCCUGUGGAUUAGAAGCAGGACCCCCUACCAAAAGCGGUCUUUUGCCAUCUACAUCUACUACCUAUGGAUUGCCCUGCAGAUCCCGGCUCUUCUCCUCACCGUUGGCGCACUGGGCUACGUCUUCAACGUGACUAAUGCCCGAGAAGGACAGACCAUCAACCAACCAUUGGCUGCCAAUUUGGACGGCAGUAAAUACCCCGAGGGCUCGUGGACGCCGCAAAACUGGUUCGCGGCUGUGUCGCACCUCGACCUGGUUAGCGGGCGCGGCGAUUUGCUCAGCCACUUACACGUCAUGAGAGGAUGGCAGUACAACUUGAUCCCUUUCUUCUUGAUUCAGUUGGCAGAGACGGUCUUGGCCUUUCUCGAUUUCAGCAAGUGGCACCGCAAUGGAGGCAAGAUGACUGGUCAUAGCGAGGUCUAA